GAAAUAUAUUGGCGCAAUUCCAAGUGCUUUGAGCAAUGGACUGCCAGCAAGCUGCCGAAAAGGAUGAUGUCGACGCAGUGCAAGCUCUAUGUCUCACGGGGCACGCCCGACUGGCAGCAUUGCACCAGGCCCUGAUGGCGGGAAGUGCCAAAGUGUCUCCCGCUUUACUUGAGGUAACGGCUGCAGAUGCACUCAAUCAGUUCAGGCAGCCAUUGAAAUUUCUGCUUCCAACAUAUGUAUGCAGAACAUACACCUGUGAUAAUCAAUGGGCUAAGACGUGUCCAGCAUCACUACCAGAGAAUCCUGGAGAUAAGCGGCUGUGCUGCUGUAACUUCGGAAAGGGUUUUUCACAGACAGAAAUGCCUCAUCGCCGCGAAUGGCGACUCUUCCAAAACCUGACCUCCAACGUGUCAUUGCUGGCUGCAGCGGCGGCGGGUGGCAACAAGACAAUUCUUCAACAUCUCUGGGACCAAGGCGUGCAUGCAGACUGUGAUGCCGCACUCGCUGCUGCAGUUUGUCGCAAUCAGACUGGCGCUGUGAGGUUUUUGCUGGAUCGCUGUGAUGGCCAGAAGUUUUCUUACAUGUACCAAGAAGUUCCGUUGGUUGCGUGGGCCGCUGGUCUAGGCUUCUCUGGUGUAGUGAAAGCUUUGCUGUCUAAAGGUGCUCCCACGCUGACUCCUUCCAGCAGGUCAGAUUACAACUAUACAGCGCUUGGUGCGGCCAUUCGAUUUGAGGCUGACGGAGAUGAGGGUGAUGCACUUGGUGUGGUUCAAGAGCUGCUGCUACAGAGUGAUGAUCCACAGAAAUUGCUGAAGGCGACUAGUACGUACGAGGGGUUGCCAGCUCUAUUCAUUGCAGUGUCCUACAGCAAGAAUCACCUUGCAAAAGUGCUGUUGGAGAAAUCUGCCGAUCCUGAUCAAGCAGUGACAAGCUCUGGUGAGAGGCCUGUGCAGAAGGCCGCUUCUUUGGGCAACGAUUCACUCAUGGUGGAGCUCUUGUGCAGCUACGGCGCAGACGUACAGGUGAGAAAUCCACAUGGCGGCACGCCUGCCAUGACAGCUGCAUGGGUCGGCAGUCCCAACAAUCUCCAAGCUCUCAUCAACAACUGCAGCGUGGCAAGUACAUACGGCCGCGAUUUGUGGGGCAGCACGGCUGCACAUAUCGCCACCGUUGGAGAGAAUUCAGCCGGCGACUACCUGAAGGUGCUACAGCUGCUGCGAAACGCGAGUAGCUGGUGUUUUCAGCAGCGCAACGAUGACGGCCAGAGCAUCUUGGACAUGGCAGUCAUUAAGGGACGAACUGAUCUGGUGAAGUAUUUGGUGUCCGGGCCCUUUCACGACCGCAUGAGCCCAAUGUACCAAGAUCCGGUGCGAGCACUACGCUGGGGCGUUUGGCAUCCCACGAUUCUCAAAGUUCUUCUUGAGCAUGUCCCUAGCAACAGAAACUCAGCCAGUUUUGUAGAUGCUGUGCAUGAGGCCGCGGCAAAGGGGCAAGCCAACAGCCUGCAGCAGCUACAUGAGAAAAGGGCAGACUUGCAUAGCUGGAAGAAUGGAUGGAGCCCUUUGUGUCGAGCGGCUGAGAAUGCCCAGCCCACCACCGUUCUCUACCUUUUGAAAGCAGGUGCUCGGUCAGGUGCUCGGUGCUCUGGCAAAUUGCCUCUAGACCACGCAGUCAGCUCACAAGAAUGGUGGACAGAGAAUUGGCAAAAAGCCAAAAACGCAACCAUCCUGCUAGCUCAACAUGUUGAAACUCCAGGCGCCAAAGCAUUGGUUUCACUUCUGGCCGGAGACGCACCAAGCUUGAACUCUACGUCCAGUGUUGGCCAGCUGCUCUGGACCGGUUUGCAUUGGGCUGUGAUGACACGAGACUUGUCCAUGCUACGCCAUUUCGAAAGCUUCGACCAUGCAGCUGCAGCGAAGGACGCGAAGGGACGCACGGCACUCAGCAUGGCAGCUCGUUUGGGCUUAGUGGAUCAUGUGGAAGCUUUGUCAAGCCAGUCAGACUUGAAUUCUGCAGAUGAGGAUGGCAUGACGCCGCUCAUGUGGGCAGCUCGAGGUGGCCAUGUUCAGGUUUGCAGGAGAUUGGCAGAAAUGCCUCAAUUGCAGCCUCUCAAGAAUGAUUCGCAAAACAACACCCUCUUGCAUUGGGCAGCCUUCAGCGGCAAAGUGGAGGCGGUCGAUCUCUUCCACAAGGUCCUGAUGAACUGCACCAAUCAUUGGGUCAACAGCGCCAAUAGUUGGAAGGAGACGGCGCUCUUCAACGCUGUUCGCAGCAAAAAUGCCAUGUUGGUCCAGCAUAUGACUCAGGAGUUGCACUACGACCCCAAUGUCUCAAAUGCCUUUCUGCAGACACCUUUGUUUGUCGCCCUCCGGCAAUGCACCAAAGAUGUGUGGGAAGAAUUGGCACAUCACACGGAUCUUCAGCGUAAAGAUUACUUGGGAUACCGCAUUGAUGAGAUGCCGGAAUUCAACAGCAAUUUGUGCUUGAAGAGAACAAAGUCAGUGGACUAUUUCAAGCUGGACGUUCCGGUGCCAUCCACUCAAUUCAGCCAGAAGCUGCUUUCCGUCGGGACCAACACGACCUUUCACGGGUACCUCUUCCUGACGAUACUCCUUUCGUUUCUCGUGGCCUGCAUCGUGAAACUUUGGAGCCAUUGGCGAGCUCCACCCACUCAAAGCGCAGGGCUUGAUGCCGAAGAUUCUUCUGCCUCAGAAACUCAUGAGUCAACAGAGUCAACGGAGUCCUCUAGCUUCAGUAGAGGCUGCGCAGGUUGUGGUCAGAGAGUCCUCGACAUAUCACUCCGUGCUUCCCAAAUUCAAACAGCGGCGAAGCAUUUAGAUCAGACCUUGCAGUGGAAGCUGUACGCAAGGCGUUGCUUGGACGUCGUUGCUGCAGUCGUGUUCCCAACAAUCAUGAUCCGUGUUCUAGGAUGGGAGCACAUGCUGGUCUUGUCAAUUGCAACAUACAUCCUGCCAGCCCUUUGCAAGCAGGCGAAAUUUCGGGAUGAGAUUGCAGAACGCCCUGCCAAACUAUUUGGGGUGAGAGACUUCUGGGCUUGGUUGAGAACGGCUUACUUGCUGUUCCAGCUCUUGUGGUGUAUCACAGAGCGUGAUGUCGUGUGGCACGAGCAUGAUCAGGUGUGGCAUGAAACUCACAAGUAUUUGUGGGACCGGCAAACUUAUCCAAUGUCUCAGAUGAAGGAAGUAUCGAAAAACGAACUCUUUCCAAUCCCGUUUCCUCCACUGAAUGAUAGCUGGCCGGUCUUCGGGAUUGCAGUGGCAGUGGCUGUGGCAGCUGGAAGCAUUGGCGGCCUUGUGCUGCUGAAGAACCGCGUAAAGACUAUCUUGCCCAGGGCUUGCGACUGGAACAGGACCUAUGUGCUGGUUGAGGACCCUGAAGAGAACCUUCCCAGUCACGAAGGGAGCGAAGCGACCCAGUGGAUUUCUCCUCGGAAUGGUGUGUUGGGAGUUGGAUGUCUCAGUGGAGCCUUGUUGCUCGCGGGAUUGUGGCCAACGGCUCCGGCUCAGCUACCCAUGUCGUUGGGUGACGUCUUGAUCCUUUACCGUUUCUUGGUGUUGAUGCUCACUUGUCUAUGGGUCGUGUUAGUCAUGUGGAAUCUUUUCGCAGAACAGGCUGCCAGCUGCGAGCCAAACACACCAGGAGCACACGAAAGCCACAACACGUUGAACGAGGUCGCAGAAAGGGUGCAUCAGAUUGCCAUGCAGAGGCGUGAUGAAGAAGGUGCCCAGGCCGUGAGCCUGGAAGAUGCAGCAUACUUCGAGAAACACUGCAAGCAGCAGACACAUUUGGAUGUCUUCAAAGAAGCCUUGUUCUGGCUGUUGGACAUCGUGACAGAUUUGUACACCAUUGUCAACUUCGCAGCGGCAAGAUCUUUCGCGGGGUAUAUGUUUGCAUCUUUGAUCCUUGGAGCAGGCUUGUUGGGCUUUUUCAGGGCACUUUUGGAUGGAGUCUUCAUGAAGCUUGGCUCCGCUGUGCGGCAAACUUUGAAAACAGGUGUCCGUGCAGAGGAACUUCACAACUUACUUGAGCUGGAGGUGGUGAUUGAAGUGCCAGUGUCCUUGAUCAUGACUACUUACGGUCUUCCUGAGGGUUCACAUCGCCCUGCCAGUGCUUUCAUGGCCCUGCUCAGCAUUGUUUUAUCGCUCACACGACAGGCGAAGUGGUUGUACGAAGAGUUCGAUGUGUGUGGAGGUAUGGACGUGUAUCAGACCGAGAAGACCCCCAAGCAUCAAAUGAAUGCUCCAACGCCAGAGUUCUUUCCAAAGCCUUGACCUAAAUCCAAAGAGAUUCUUUCAGAUCUGAGUAUAUAUAUCUGAGUGGCUAAAAGGGCCUAUUUGCGUUGUUGGUAGUCGAAGGGCAUGUCUUUUGACGUUGAGCUUCUGCAGGUUGAGGGGUUGCGCGCAGAAAUUGCAAUUCCCUUUGGCUCAAGAUACUCGGCAAUUCCAG